GUCUGCCGAAGAACUGGGGAUCCAAAUAAAUUUACAUUCUGCAAAAGGUGUGAUGCUGCAUACCAUUGUUACUGUCAGCAGCCUCCACACAAGAAUGUUAGCAGCGGACCUUACUUGUGUCCUAAACAUACAAGGUGCCACAGCUGUGGAUCUAACGUUCCAGGAAAUGGCCUAAGUGUAAGGUGGUUCCUAGGGUACACUUGCUGUGAUGCUUGUGGAAGAUUGUUUGUGAAAGGAAAUUAUUGUCCUGUAUGCUUGAAGGUCUACAGAGAUUCUGAAUCAACCCCUAUGGUUUGCUGUGAUGUCUGCCAGCGCUGGGUGCACUGCCAGUGUGAUGGCAUUAGUGAUGAAAAGUAUUUGCAGUUUCAAGUAGAUGGAAAUCUCCAAUAUGUAUGUGCCACAUGUCGUGGAGAUUGCUAUCAGGUUAGGGAUCUUGAGGAUGCUGUUCAGGAGCUUUGGAAGAGGAGAGACACAGCUGACCGGGAUUUAAUUGCAAGCUUGAGGGCAGCUGCUGGAUUGCCAACUCAAGAAGAAAUAUUUUCUAUUUCACCUUAUUCAGAUGACGAAGAAACCGGGCCAACUUUAUUAAAGAAUGAUUAUGGCCGCUCUGUAAAGUUCUCUCUUAAAGGAUCGGUUGAUAAAUCACCAAAAAAGAGCAAGGUAUAUGGAAAGAAAUCAUCAAAUAAGAAAUAUGGUAAGAAAACGGGGCAUCAGGCAUCUUUAAUCAGUAAAACAGAAGCACACCAGAGUUUUGAAGGGCAUGGUGAUGCCCCAUCAUCUGGAUACAGCUUUGGUGACAACAAGAACCAUGAAAUGCAGGGCCAAAAAAUUGCAAAACCUGAAAUUUUCUCUUCUCCCAUUGCUGGAAGUUUGAGUGAGGGCAUAUGCUCAAUUAAUCAGGCAGGGGUCCUGAAGCACAAGUUCAUUGAUGAGGUUACACGGAACAACGAAAAUAGGUCAUCCAGAACAGGCGAAAUUAAGAGUAACAAAUCUCAUGCAUUGGAAAUUGGGGAGGACUUUGGAAAACAUGUUAGCAAGUCCAAGACCACCAAGGGACCAAAGCUAGUAAUACAUAUAGGUGCUCGAAGUAAAAAUGCAACUAACUCUCCGAUGUCUGAUACUUCAAGCUGUCAAAGAGAGCAAGAAUUGACAACUUCAAAUGGAGAUAAAAUGGAUUACUCUGACCAAGUUAAAGGUGCAAAGCUCAAAGGAAGAGAGAUAAACUUGAUAAAGAUAAAAAAAGUUAAUUCAGACGGUUCUGUAAUGACUGCCAAACCUGCUGAUGGAUUUGAUUCUGUUUCUUCUGCAAACACACGUGUUAUGUUUGGAAAGCGAAGCACUGUGGGAAGCACAGCUACAGCAGAGCCUGGAACUGAAGUCGCUUCAAGAGGUGAAAAGAUAUCUAUGCUGGAGUACACAAAAGGUAAGCUUGAUGGAUCAGGCGAUUUGAAUGAUGAUACUAUUCCCAUACCCCCAGUCUCACAUACUUUGCCAAAGGAUACCAAACCGUUACUGAAGCUUAAAUUCAAGAAUCCAUAUAAUGAGAACCAAAGUUCCUGCAUUCCUGGGGAGGAUGAGAAAGGUUUUGCCAAGGGCCUAAGGUCAAAAAGAAAGAGACCACCCUUCAUAGAGAAAACAACAGCCAAGGAAGAUGAAGAUGAAGAUGAAGAUGAAGAUGCCCCAAAAUGGUUUGAAAACUCAAUGGAUGAGAUCAUGGAUGCUAACUGGAUACUGCAGAAGUUGGGUAAAGAUGCAAUUGGAAAGAGAGUAGAAGUUCAUCAGUCAUCCGAAAACUCCUGGCAUAGAGGAACAGUAACAGAUGUGGUUGAAGGCACAACAAUUGUAUCUGUAACUUUAGAUAAUGGAAGGGCCAAGAAUUUGGAACUCGGGAAGCAAGGAAUUCGCUUUGUUUCUCAGAAGCAAAGGCAGUAAAACCGUAAGGGUUAAAGUUGUUAAUUAUAUCUGCGUAUUUAUAUAUAUUUUUUUGCUUUCUAAAUGUAGUGGAAUACAUGAAUGAGCCUUUUGUUUCGAGAGUUGGAAACUACAUGUCUAGGUAGCAGCUCUAAUUUGUACUGUGUAUAUUCAGCAGCCAUAAUGUAUGGGAGUUUUCCUUGAAAUAGAAAAACAUGUUGAAUUUGUCGUAGGCUGUUGAUGCAACCGUGGACCAUUUGUCGUAGGAAUGUGGAUCAAAGAAAGGUGACUUGUUAAGGUGAGACCAGCGAUGAAGGCCGCUAAUGAAAAACAGUGCAUGUUUCCUGAUGUAUCUGUGAAUAUCGAUGAUUUGAAGGUAUAUGGGUACUCAUUAAAUGCCCCAUAGGUUAAGUACUAAUCAAAUUGCCCAUGACCAAUGGGAUUACCCGGACAUGAUGUUGUCUGUCGAGG